AUGCCAAAUUUCACUAAAUUACUUCUAAGAUCUAAGAUGUACUCAAAUGAACUUAGUAGCUUACGGAGACAUCAAUGUCUGCAAUACUUGAAGACAUUGAGAAAUUUUCAAAAUGACGGACUUUACACUGUUUAUUUGGGUGAAACACAUGUUUCUGAAAAUCUGAUAACAGGUGACAUCUUCUGCAGUAUAGUCAAAUCCAAGUCCCCAUCAGAAGGAUUGACACUGAUCCAUGCUGGGGGAGUUAGAGGAUGGGUUCCUUGGCAAUACAGAGUCUUCUUCCAAUCAAGAGAACAGUGGACAUCUCCAAAGACUAUAGGUAUUAAAGAAGAGAUUUUCAAAGAAUUAUGCCAAGUGCUCAGCAAGUCCUAUGGAAAAUGCACAGUGGUGAUCAAACCAAAACAAAGUGUUAUUUCUUCAGGAUUGAAGCACUAUACAGAUGACUCAUCAGAAAUUCUACCACAGAAAACAGAUGUCAUCCAGAAUGUACCAUUACAGACUUCAUCAACUAUUCAAAUAGAUAAUAUUUCUUGCUGUCCUAAAAUUGCUCAAAAUUAUGGCCAUGAGCUUUUGUACUUUCCUCCCAGUUACCCUCACCUUAGUCCUUUAGAAUCAGCAUGGUCUUCACUCAAAUGGGCUGUAAUCAACAACAGGAAAGAUUAUACUGCUACAGCUUUUCCAAAUAUAAGUGACUACCAGUGUAUCCACUUAAAAGCUCUGAUUGAAAAUGCCAUUGAAGGAGUAACACCAUACAAGUGGAAAGCAGCUUUUAGUAGAGUCAAGAAGUGGGAAAAUCGUUAUAUUUACAGCCAAGUCUCGUAA